AUGGAGCUUGAAAGGAAGAGGACUAACAAUGAUGAUAACCGGAAUCUGGAUGCAGAGUUGAAUCCAGAGAGGAUGUUCACCUGCAGCUACUGCCCGCGAAGGUUCUUCAGCUCUCAGGCAUUAGGCGGCCACCAGAAUGCGCAUAAGCAGGAGAGGCAAAAUAGAAGGUUGAGAAGGGAGAUACCCGUCGCCACGCGCGUUCAGUCUCCUCAGCCAUCUGUUGUGGCAGGAUCACCAGUUGUAGUGGAAACUCAGACGAGUAACGGAGAGGAGCUAGUAGAGGAGCUCGACUUGACUCUAAAACUGUGA